AGCUGCCUGGCCAGCCCCCACAAACACACACAAACGCACACAAUGUCCCUCCCUACCACCAUGAAGGCGCUCGUCGAGAACGACGCGGAGACCGGCGGCGUCGUGUCCAACAACGUCCCCGUGCCGACCCUGCAGGCGGGCGACAUCCUCGUCAAGGUGUCCUACGCGGGCCAGAACCCCACGGACUGGAAGCACGCAGCGUACAUCUCGAAAGCGGGCGACAUUCUGGGCUGCGACUUUGCCGGCGUCGUCGCGCACGUGCAGGACGGCGAGGCGCGUGUCAAGGUUGGCGACCGCGUCGCUGGGAGCGUGCACGGCGGCAAGUUCAAGGACCGCGGCAGCUACGCCGAGUACCUCCGUGUCCCGGCCGACCUCGUGUGGAAGGUGCCCGACAGCGUGCAGCUGCAGGACGCGGCCGCGCUCGGCGUCGCGCUCGGCACGUCCAUCCAGGCCAUCAUCCAGAGCCAGGGCAACCCCUUCCCGCCUGCCAACGUCGACCGCUGGUACUUCAUCUACGGCGGCUCGACCGGCGUCGGCCUCGUCGCCACCAAGCUCGCCAAGCUCAUCGGCUUCAAGGUGGCCACCGUCGCCAGCCCGCGCAACUUUGACCUUGUGAAGAGCUACGGCGCCGACGAGGUCUUCGACUACCGCGAGGGCGCGGACGCCGUCGUCGCCAACGUGCUCCGCGUCACGGGCGGCGGCGUGACCCAGGCGCUCGACACCAUCUCCGAGGGCGAGUCGCAGGCGAUCUCGGCGCGCGUCUUCGCCCCCGCCGGCGGCCAGCUCAACCUCACCCUCGUCCCCGAUGCGACUGUGGCCGCCGCGCACCCCAACAUCAAGUUUGUCCCCAAGCUCAUGUACACGUGGAUGUCGCAGGAGCCGUUCGACAUUGCGCCGCGCUUCGCCAAGCAGCCCGUCGUCGUGCCUGUCAUCCCCGGCGACCGCGAGUUCUACGCCAAGGCGCUGACGCACUACACCGACCUCGUGGAGCGCGGCGUGCGCCCCCCGCCCGUCGUGCUCCGUGGCGGCCUUGACGACGUGCUCGCUGGCUUUAAGGACAUGGCGGACGGCAAGGUCAGUGGCGAGCGUUACGUCUACAAGCUCUAGAGGAGUCCAAGUAGACAGAGGAGGCGCAGUUUUGCAUCAGCGAGGCGGCGCCACAUUGUAGAGAAGAUGUCACAUGCAGUCCAUUGAGAAGUAA